AAAAUGCGCAACGCGAUUUUCGGAAAAGUUUUUGUUUUGAUUUUUGUCUUUAUAAAAUUCCUUAAUCCGGAAUUGAGUUAUUUAUAUACACAAUGAAAUAAUAGUGCCUAGAAGUGAUAAAACAAAUAUAUACUGUUAGAAAUACCUCAAGUAUGUAAAGUUAUUAAAUUGAGUUUCCUUAAACCACUUGUUUGCUAAUAAAGCGUCGCUUCUAAGCUACAUAUGUGUGUAUGUGGAAAUAGAUGAUGUUUUUCUACGAAAGCUGCUCAUAAAUAAUAUUAAGUGAAGUUAUAACAAGAAAAAUGGCUGAUAUUAUAAUAUAUAUGUAUUUAUGAAAAUUAUAAAAUUUCACUCAAAAAGAGAAUGCAAUUCAUUUAUAUUAAAGACAAUUGUGAUAGUGAAGUAAAAAAGUUCUUUCUGUAGGUUAAAAAAAAUGUAGAUAUUCCACACGUAUACAACUAUGACGACAGCCAGAAAAUUGUGCAUUUUGCUCAAGUAAAUUUUCUCAAACAGGUGUGCGUACAUACAUACGUACCCACGUUAUGUCGGCAUAAAUAUAAUGCUUUGCGCCUCGAACUGGUGUAUAAGAAAAGUGCAAAUGAAGUGCAGAUAGUAGUGCUCGUAUCAAAAGUCGCGUGUGAAAUCCGAAAGCAAACAAACGCACGAAGCUUCUUGCAAACGUCAAACUGUGAAAACAAAAACAAAUGCGGCAAAAUGUACGCAAUUUUCUACUACAGUUAAACUGAAAUAACGACAACAAUAGCAACAACGAACUGCAACCGAGAAAAUUCGCGUUGAAAAAUGCCGACAUUGGCAGCAAAAAAUUCGCAAGCCACAAUUGCUAACAUGGCAACAGCAGCCACAACAACAACAACACCACCAACAACAGCAGCAAUGGCAAUAAAUUCCAGUGGUAGCGAGCAGUGCGACGCUGAUGUUAGUGCCGCAAGAAUAGCAACGCCAACCGACACACAAAACACCGGUGCCGCGUUGAACCAUCAUUAUCACCAUCCGCCGGCGCCACAUGGAGGCUCGCAUGCCGCUGGCAAUGUCUUGUCGCCGAUGAUGGCACCUGCAACAACAACUUCAGUCACAGCGGCUGGAGCUGCUACCGGCACCGUUGCAGCCAGUUUAACCACAUUUAACGGAAAUUCAAAUUUAAAUGUUGCCAACGGAAACAUCGGCGGCAAUAACAAUCAAAACAACAGCCACAAUCACAGUCACAGUACGCAUGCUGCUGUUGUGGACAAGAAGCCGUCGACAAACAUGCAUACAUCCCGUGAGGAUGUUGCACCACCACAACCACAAACACAACUACCACCGCCGCCGUUAACACAACUGCGUAAUGCCAUGUCGCCAACAGCGUCCAUCAACAAUCAGCAGUUGUCAGCCACUAGCAGUCAAAGCAAUCACAAUCAUAAUAACAACAACAACAAUAAUAGUAAUAUCAACGGUAACAAUGGCAGCAAUAAUAAUAAUAGCAAUGGUAACGGUAACGGCAGCGCAAACAUCAGCAGCAUUCUCAAAGGAAGUAAAGAAAAUUUGCUGCAGAACUGUUAUAAUGGAGCACCGACCAGUGAUAAUAUUGUUUUAGAUAUUGACGACCCUGGCGAUGGGCUGGGACCUUUACCGCCCAAGUGGGAGACCGCUUAUACCGAACGCGGAGAAUUAUAUUUUAUUGAUCACAACACCGGCACGUCACAUUGGCUCGAUCCGCGUCUAUCGAAAUUUCAAAAGAAAUCAUUAGAAGACUGCGGCGACGAUGAGCUGCCCUACGGUUGGGAGAAAAUCGAAGAUUCUCUAUAUGGUACCUAUUACAUAGAUCACGUUAAUCGGCGCACACAGUAUGAAAAUCCAGUUUUGGAAGCUAAACGACGCGCAGCGGAACAAAGACAAAAACAACAACAGCAGCCGCCGCCACCUGCACACAGUAGUACACAAAAUACACAAGGUGUCGGCUAUAUACCACAACAACAACCACCGCCACCACCACCUACUAAUCAACAAUCACAACAACAGCAACAACAACGCCCGCAAACACCGUCUACACAAAUGACAACUAAUUUGGUGAAUGGCGCUGGCAUUGGUGGCAAUGUAAUUGGCGCUGAUGAUGACGCUCGUGUUACUCCAGCGCUUGGCAACAACAUGAUUGAUAUAUCGCAGCGUGGUAUGCAACCACCGCCAACAAGCUCGGCUAUGCAGGCGGCACCAACAGCGCUGCUGGCAUACAAAUUCACGCGAAAUCCCGGCGAAAUGCAGGGCGAGCGCAUCACUGCGUCGUUGGUGAAGUCGGCACGCGGCCUGGGCAUCACCAUUGUGGGUGGCGAUGAUGGCGCGGAAGAGUUUUUGCAAAUCAAGUCGAUUGUGCCGCACGGUCCAGCGUGGUUGGAUGGUCAACUGCAGACCGGCGAUGUGUUAGUGUAUGUGAACGAUACCUGUGUGCUCGGGUUUACGCAUCACGAGAUGGUUAAUAUUUUUCAGUCGAUUUUGCCAGGCGAAACCGUUACAUUAGAGGUAUGCCGUGGCUAUUCUUUACCAUUUGACCCCAAUGAUCCCAACACCGAGGUGGUCACCACCAUAGCGGUGGAUGGCGUUAGUGUUGCAGCGACAGACAAACAACGUCGUAUGCUACUCGAUCUGCAUAUGGAUGGUAAUUAUAAUUUUCUUGAAACUAUUGGUGGCGAUGGGGCCGGCACAAAAUCUCACCCGCACAACCAAAUGCGCAAUCAACACUCACCAGUAACAGGCGGCCUAAAUGACGGCUUCAUUUUGAUGAAAAAACCAGAGUUGCAAGUGCAUACAUUUACGAUUGUCAAAGGUGCCAUGGGUUUCGGUUUCACCAUUGCCGACUCGGCCUAUGGUCAAAAGGUGAAGAAGAUACUCGACUACAAUUGUUGUACGCAACUACAAGAGGGUGAUGUACUAUUAGAGAUUAACGGUAUUGAUGUGCAUCAACAGAGUCAUCUUGAAGUAGUGCAGAUAUUGAAGGACUGUUCGAAAAUCGAGCCGACACAUAUGAAAAUCCAACGCGGUGGUCCAGCUUCGAAUAGUGCCAAUGCCUCACCAUCAGGCGGCGCUUAUAGUGCCACCAUUUUGAGUAAUCCACCGCCAACAAGCACUUCAAGCGGCAAUAGCCUGGGUAAUGUGGCGAAAUUACGUAAGAACUUUACGUCCUCAUUGUUUCGUAGCAAGACACCGACUGCCGAUCUAUACAGCACACAACAAAAGGAGAUUCUGCCAAUACGCCCAAAAACACCGCUGGUCGAUACGCGUCGUACACGCGCACAAACGCCUAAUGAUGAGCUACAGCAUAGUGUCGAUGUUAACGAUGGCAACGUUGAUGGCAGGUUGUCGGCCAGUAAGAGCCAGUUGUUGGAUGCUGCCACGCAUAAAUCCACAAAUAGUCUACAGGAAAUUGAGGCAAUUAGUCAAGAUAUACCAUUCUUGGAUCCAUAUCCGAAACUGGUGACCAGUUUGAGUGAGCGUUUGGCUGGUGCAACAUUGCUAAGCGAAAAUGCUGGCAAUAGUGGCGCCAAUGGUGGCAAUGUCGAUAAUAUGGGUGGCCUUAAUAUUGGCACUGGCUACCACCACGUCACUAGUCUGUCGAUGCCUUCAAGUGUUGCUGAUCCAAUGCGUUAUGAUCAUCAAGAGUACGUUUCAGCCGGCAUGCGUACAGGUGGUGGCAAUAACAUUUAUGGCAUGACUCCGCUGGCCAACAGCAUGAACAAUUUCUAUGCGCCACAACAAUUGCCCACACCGCCACAUCUUAGCAUUUCUGCCAGCAGUUAUUCACCAUCGUCGUCGCACGGUUUGACAACAACAGCCGCUACGCAUCACAAUAUCUUGCAUCAUCAUCCACUGCAAUUGCCGCCACCACCACCGGCGCCGCAUAUGCAUGCGCAUCAACACGGCUCCCAGUACUCACCGGCAUCUUUGCACGCGACUACGCCGUUACAAGCGGCACACAUACAAAAUGAGCGCAUGCAAAAACGUGUCAAUGAGCUGUUGAGUGACCGUCGUCGUGUGGGCUUCUCGACGCUUGAUAUGCCACAGCCACAGAAACUCUCACCAGCGCCUUACGUUAAUCAGCAAUUGUUGCACCAGCAGCAACCUUCACAACAUUCACCGGCUGUUAGUAGCGUAUCGCAACCGCCAACGUUGUCUUGGUUAGGUGCUAGCAACUACACCAAUACAAUGCAGUCAUCACCCAGCGGUAACUUACCAUUUCUACAACGCAAUGGCGGUGCAAUUGAUGCGUUCGAUGAACUGACGACGGAACAGUAUGAGUUGAGUGAAGUCACUUUGGAACGUCAGGCGCUUGGCUUUGGAUUUCGCAUUGUGGGCGGCACGGAGGAGGGUUCACAAGUGACCGUGGGUCACAUUGUUCCCGGCGGUGCUGCGGAUAAUGACCAACGCAUUAACACAGGUGACGAGAUACUCAGCAUAGACGGUAUCAAUGUGGUCAAUUCGUCGCACCACAAAGUUGUUUCACUAAUGGGUGAGGCGGCAUUGCGAGGACAAGUGACUAUGAUAUUACGUCGUCGCUUGCGGUUAACACAUCAACCACAUUUGUUGCAGCCACAACAGCAGCAAUUACCCUUGCCACCACCGCCGCCAUUAAACGUGCCCAUGCGCAAUACAUAUCGAUACCCAUAUGAUGUUAUAGUUAGUCGACACGAGUCCGAAGGCUUCGGUUUUGUAAUCAUAUCUUCGUCAAAUCAAUUCUACGGCUCUACUAUUGGCAAAUUGAUACCAGGCAGUCCGGCCGAUCGUUGUGGUGAGCUGAAAGUAGGUGAUCGUAUUAUCGCUGUAAAUCGCAUAGAUAUUUCCGGUAUGUCACAUGGUGAUGUUGUCAACCUCAUAAAAGAAUCGGGUCUUCAUGUGCGUUUAACAAUCGGUUGUCCAAAAGAUGCCUUGACAACACCGACGACUACAUUGGGCACACAAAAUUCAGCAUUACUCGUCAACUCCGCACAAGUGUCGCCUGGUCAACUAUCACAAAAUCAAUUAAUAUAUACACCGUUGACAACGCAACAGCAACAUAAACCACAGAUAUCGCCAAAUUUAUUAUCGAACAAUCAAAAUGGUGGCAACUACUUUAUGGAACAUCCCCGAACAAGCGCGGCAACAACAAUUUACGUACAACAACCGCAUACGCAAUCGCCAUUGCUGCAACAGCAACAGCAACAACAGCAAUUGCCACCACAAUUAUGACUUUGAGACUUGCGCAUAAGACUCUACAAAAGUUUCCUUUAGCACAACAACGUUGUAUAUACAAAUAUUUUAUAGGCGAAUAAUACAUUUUACAUUUCUUUAUAUUGGAAUUUUUUAAAAAUAGCCUAGUUCGUAUAUUAAUGUUUAUAUAGUUAUUUGUACGAUAUAUAUAAUAAUUGCACCUAUUAAUACAUACCUACAUGCAUACUUUUUCUAUACAUUUGUAUUUAUAUAUUAUUAUUUAAUAUUAAAAUUAGAAGUAUAUUUGUAAAGAUAUUUACACACUAACCCGUAUUGAAUCCCAAAGACUGAAUUUAGCCCCGUGCGCUCUUAAAAUGCGUCAAAAGCCACAAAAAAUUUAGAAAUCAAUAUCUACCAGUUAAGCAUUUGAUAUUAGACAUUUACAAAAUUGUUACAAUUUUUAAAUUUACAAAAAAAUAUAUAUUAAUAUAUAUAUACAUAUGUAGAAUUUGCGCAGAAAAUUUGCAUUUAUUUACUCUAAUGCAUAAGCAUUUUACACAUAAGAAAUACAUUAUUAUAUAUACCAGUCUAUUACAUAUGUACAUAUGUAUAUAUGCAUCUAGAAAUAAAUUUUUUAAGAAAUAUUCACAUACAUAUCUACUGCAAAUAUUAAAUAUAAAUUUAAGCAAUAAUUUUGUAGAGACUGAUUUAAAAUAGUUUGAAAUGAAUCUAUGCACCUUUACUUGUGUCUUGCUACUAUUUGAAUCAGUCGUAACAAAAUUACAUUUUGCUUAUGUCAUUUACAAACAAAUAAUUAUACAGCCUGCGCUAGCCUUAAGUAACCAGUGUCACCUUAUAUUUACUUAAGUUAAUCGGAAUGCUAUUAAAUGUUAACAUUUUAUUAUUUUGUGUUGAAUAAAUUUUUGCGGUAUAUA